UCUAAAUCGUUGUGCUCGGCGAUUGUUCCCACGUCUCCAAGCACAAAUUUUAUUUUAUUUCCUAAAUAACCACAUUUAGAACCUUUCGUCUUCACCAUGGAUUACCAAAGCAGGCAGCUGGCUGAAGACUGCUUCUUACGGGAGCCCGUAGAUGCUCGAAUAAGAAAAGUCAAAGAGGAGCCUAAGGAAGAUCCACACCCGCAUCUUAAAGUGACUAUGCAGACAGUACGCUUGAACCCGGACUCGCAGAAGUUGAUUCUUGAUACGUUGAGGUAUAUACAUGGUCCGGAUUUCAAGCUUGGCAGUGCUAGUCUUUACAAGGAUAAAGGCACAAACCUCAGCAACAGGUACUGGAUGGAGCGAGGCAACCUGGUGGUACAGGGAGGCUGCGACUACUCACUCAACAAUAAACCUGACAUUGAGACGUCUGAAGCGCGGCUUAGAGCAUUCGCUUUGGCUAAGUUGGAAAAGUAUCAUUUUCACAAAGCGCACUGUGCAGAAGCAUUAGAAACGACGGCGGAAAGCGUGGAGAAGGCUCUAGAAACACUCUUUUACAAGUAUUUCAAAGUAGACCUUCAAGACAAACCUGAAAACGUCCCCACACCGGGAGAGCUACUUGAAAUGAGAAACGACGAGAAAGCUGUCUUAGAAUCGAUAUACGAAUCCAGCUUUAGACUUAAAGAAAACAAUGUCUGGAAUCUCAAAUUAAGUUUAGAUUAUUUGACGAAAAUGUUUCGAAGCAAAGAAGUCGAAGCGCCGAAAACUAAAAAGAACAUUAACUACAACAGCAAUUUCAAAACGAAGAAAAAGGAAGUUUGUAAACUGUUCUUAAAAGGCCCGUGCCGAUUUGGUGCUAAAUGUAAGUUCUCACACGAAGUCAAUGUAGAACCAGCAAAAGAAGUAGAAAAGGAAGAAAAUACCAAAAUCAACUAUGAGUUAGAGAUCAGGUUUACAGAAGACACUGUGUAUCCUUAUGAACCUCCUUUAAUUUUCUUUAAAACGGAGGUCAAAACUAGCAUAAUACCUGAUUUGACUUGCUUACGGAUAACGGCAAGACUUAUAGACGAAGCUAAAGUAUUGGCACAGGAUGGUAUACCCAGUAUAUACUCAUUAGUAGAAUUGUUAAAUAAUGAAGAAGAUAUAUUAAAUUUUAUACAAUUUGAUACUAGAACUUUUCCAGAACCAUCUGAUGCCCUUUUCCCUCAAUUAAUAGAAAAUUCUAAUGUAGAUAAGAAAAGACCGUCACAUUACAAGAAAGGCGACGGUAAAGACAAAAGGGCUAAUGUUGAUUUUGAAGAGGUGUUGAAAGAGAACACAGAUAUAGCGAAACGGUGGUUGGAGAAAAGAGACAACAAUAGGUAUAACAAAAUGAUGUCCGGGAGGAGAAAAUUGCCCGCUUGGCAGAAAAAGAACGAGAUAUUGAAUGCAAUGAAGAAAUCACAGGUAGUAGUAAUAAGCGGUGAAACCGGUUGCGGCAAGAGCACACAAGUCCCUCAAUACAUCCUAGACGAUUGGCUGGACAACUUCAACAAAGGCGGUCGGGAGCAUGUAGAAAUAGUGUGUACACAGCCUAGGAGGAUAUCCGCCAUUGGAGUCGCGGACAGGGUCGCAGAAGAGAGGGUGGAGAAGACUGGACAAGUUGUGGGGUACCAGAUACGUCUCGAGAGCAAAGUAUCAUCCAAAACCCGUCUAACAUUCUGCACGACAGGCAUAUUGCUACGGCGACUCGAAUACGACCCUCAGCUCAAAUCCGUCACGCACAUAUUGGUGGACGAAGUGCACGAACGAUCGGAAGAAAGCGACUUCCUUCUGCUCAUUCUGAGGGACCUUGUCAAAGUGAGGAAGGAUUUGACGGUCAUACUCAUGAGCGCGACUCUGAAUGCCGAGCUGUUUUCGGAUUACUUUGAAAAGGUUCCAGUGCUGGAGAUACCAGGUCGAACAUUUCCCGUGGAGCAAAUAUUCUUGGAGGAGAUUAUGGAGUUAUCUAAUUACGUGUUAGAAGAAAAUGGACCUUAUGGGCGGAGAGUCAAAAAAGGUGACAAAGACAAGAGAAUCGACCUGGAAACAGAGCUAGAAGCGUGCGACGUGCGUGCCUCCACGGAACCCCCGAAGGCGUCCAUUCGCGACGAAAACCUGUCUGUGGCGCAGAUCGUCGCCCGGUACCCGAAGUGCAGCAAAACCACGUGCAAGAACAUGUAUCUGAUGGAUACUGAGAAAAUAAACCUAGAGCUGAUAGAGCACACGUUGAAGUACAUAGUCGACGGGAACCACAGUUGGCCGCGAGAGGGCGCCAUCUUGAUCUUCUUGCCCGGUAUAGCGGAAAUCAUGAGUUUACACGACCAACUGGCUGAGAGUCAUACAUUUAGUCCCAAAACCGGUAAAUAUAUCCUAAUACCGCUCCAUUCUACGCUGUCGAGCGAAGAGCAAUCCUUGGUAUUCAGUAAAACUCGGCAAGGAGUGAGAAAGAUAGUGCUAUCUACGAAUAUCGCUGAGACUUCGGUCACUAUUGACGACUGUGUGUUCGUUGUGGACUGCGGAAGGAUGAAAGAGAAACGAUUCGAUUCAAAUCGCAACAUGGAAUCCCUAGAGCUAGUCUGGGUGUCCCGCGCCAACGCUAAACAGCGUAAAGGUCGCGCGGGCCGCGUCAUGCCCGGAGUGUGCGUCCACCUUUAUACUUCACACAGAUACCACUAUCAUUUAUUGGAGCAACCUGUACCGGAGAUACAUAGAGUGCCAUUGGAGCAACUGCUGUUAAAGAUUAAGAUACUGCCGCUGUUCCAGAAUAUGAGCGUGCAUGAGGUUUUAGGCAAAACGAUAGAACCGCCAACGAAACCAAGCAUCGACAGCGCCCUCUGUCGCCUCCAAGACGUUGGUGCGUUGGACAAAUCCUACGGACUCACAGCGCUAGGAGCUCAUUUAGCAGCUUUGCCAGUUGAUGUUAGAAUAGGGAAAUUAAUGCUAUUUGGUGCUAUCUUCUGUUGUGUUGACUCAGCACUUACAAUGGCUGCUUGUCUCAGUCAUAAGAGUCCGUUCGUCGCGCCUUUCGGCAAAAAGGGUGAAGCAGAUGCCAAGAGAAAAGAAUUCGCGUGCUCAAAUAGCGACCAAUUGACGACUUUAAGAGCCUACAGGAAAUGGCAACUAGCGUUGCAACGCAGCACCCACGCCGCCCUAGUGUUUGCCAGCGAACAUUUCCUGUCCCACAAGACGUUGCUCAUGUUGGGAGACAUCAAACAUCAGCUGUUGGGGUUGCUGGCCGCUAUAGGCUUCGUGCCAGACAUGCCAGACUUGAGGAAGAAGAUGAGGAAAGACUCAGUCGCUGCUCUCACUGGACAACAGUUGAACUCAAACGGUGAAAAUGACAAGCUGUUGGCCGCCAUUUUAUGUGCAGCGUUGUAUCCUAACGUCGUCAAGGUGCUUACCCCAGAAAAGUCCUUCCACAUGCAAGCCGGCGGCGCUAUCCCUCGCCAGCCGAACGCGGACGAAUUAAAAUUCAAAACGAAAACCGAUGGUUACGUCGCGCUCCACCCUUCCUCCAUCAACUCGAACGUCGGCUAUUUCAACAGCCCGUACCUAGUGUAUCAGGAGAAGGUGAAAACGUCGCGAGUUUUCAUUCGAGAGUGUUCCAUGGUACCGCAGUUGCCGCUCGUUCUGUUUUCUGGGUGCAAUUUGUCAGUGGAACUACACAACGGUACUUUUAUUGUAUCCCUUGAAGAUGGAUGGAUCAUGUUCCAGGUGGAAAAACAUGAGGUAGCGGAAAUGCUGAAAACAAUACGAGUGGAACUUAUAAACUUACUUGAGGAAAAAAUUAACGAUCCUUGUCUGAAUUUACUGAAUUAUGAGAAAGGAAACAAAAUUAUACAAACGAUUGUCCAAGUCGUUACUAAAGAUUAAAAUUAAACGAAACUGCCAUCAGUAUUGUGAUCAUAACUCUCUAGAUGUCUAGAUGC